UUCAGUCUUCUGACCGAGAAACCGGUACUUCCUUAUACUCAACUACACGAGUCAGUGGUUAGCCUAUUAGAUGCGAAUUUGUACACCACAUGCAGUGCUAUAAUAAGGUAUCCAAACAACAGCAAUGCCUACAUCACUGAUUGAAGAUAAUAGUGUUGCUUAUAUUAUUUAGCUAAUAACUUGCUGUACCAGACAGACCAACGUCAAUAAUCAUUGACGUGAUGAGUUAGUCUACACUUCAAACCAAGGAAGUCUGCUCACAUGACUUGGUCUUAUGACCUGAACAUGCUGUGAUGUCAACAUAGGAGUAAGAAGAAAGGAUCUGAAUUAGCAACGUUUGGAAUUCAGAGUUUGUCUCUUGCAGUCUGAGGGAUAACCUGCAUUGAACAGGACAAGUGAGAUCGGAAUUUGCAUAAAUUCCUUUAAAAUGGCUCCCGUUGGCAAAAAGCUUACAGGGCUUGUAGCUGCAACAUUCACACCCCUCACACCCCAUGGUGAGGUUAAUCUUUCAGUGAUUGGGCAAUACAUUGACUACCUAGUGGAAAGGCAAGGGGUGCGAAAAAUCUUUGUGAAUGGAACCACAGGUGAGAGUAUGUCCUUCUCAGUUAAAGAGAGGAAACUGCUGACUGAUGAGUGGUGUCAGCGAGGCAGGGGAAAACUCGAUGAGGUGAUUGUGCACGUCGGCUGUUCAAGUCUCAAGGACUGUCAGGAAUUGGCUCGCCAUGCUGUUGAAGCAGGGGCUGAUGGGAUUGCAGUCAUUUCUCCGUCCUUCUUAAAACCACCCAAUGCUGUUGCCCUGAGGAUGUUUCUUCAGGAAGUGGCUGCUGCUGCCCCUGCCCUCCCGUUCUACUACUAUCACAUCCCCAACUUGACAGGGGUUCACUUGCUUGCAUCAGAUGUGGUGGAGGGAAUUGAGGAAAUUAUCCCAUCAUUCAGAGGUCUGAAAUUCAGUGGCAGUGACCUCUUAGACUUUGGCCAAUGUGUUAGCUGCAAUCCUGGUCAUUGGACACACUUGUAUGGAGUGGAUGAGGUAUGUUCCCAAAGAGUAGCUGAAUGUCUGCAGUCCACUGCUUCCUGAGUUGC